AGAUUCGCAACAGACAAGUCUAACAAGUAUAAGCAAGAUGGCUUGGGGGGUCUAUGGAUAUAGGGCCUUGCUCGUUGUGGGAACGAUUUUGUCGGGAACGUCGAAUUCGUUGUUCACGAAAUACCAAGAUAACCAAUGCGUUAAGUACUGUGACGAUCCAGCCAAGCUGAAGGACUUUAACCAGCCUGCUAUCCAAACUCUCCAGAUGUUCAUGGGAGAAUUGUCGGUAUUCUUAGUGUAUUAUGCUAUAUACUUAUCAUCUUAUGCUAAGAAGAAGCGAGGAUAUGAGGCGAUAGAAUCAGACGAACCAACUAGAACGGACACCGAUGAUCUUUCAUUGAUUGAAAGCUUGAAGUUAUCGGUUCCAUCCAUUUGCGACUUGUGUGCAACCACCUUGAUGAACAUUGGGUUGUUUUAUACCCCAGUGUCAAUAUAUCAAAUGACCAGAGGGUCUAUUGUAUUGUUUGUUGCGAUUUUAUCGGUAUUAUUUUUGAAAAGAAGAAUCACUCGCCUUGAAUGGAUAUCUUUGGUGACAGUGACUUUGGGGAUUGCCAUUGUUGGCUAUUCGGGAUCUAGGUCUUCGGACGAAAGUUCAGCUACUGUUACUUCUCCUGGAGAAUCAGCAUUGGUGGUUUUCGGUAUUUCUUUGGUUAUCGCGGCAGUUACUUUCCAGGCAAUACAAUUUGUAUUCGAGGAAUAUAUACUAGCUGAAAAAUCAAUUAUCCCUUUGAAGUUAGUCUAUAUUGAAGGUUUCUAUGGUUUUUCAAUCAUGCUCAUCACCUUGAUCGUACUUAACUUCAUUGUUGGUAGUUUGCAACCCAAAAGCAAAUUCAUCGACUCUCCUUUCAACUUAUCUGAGUCCUUACUGCAAACUUUUUCAUCAAAACAAAUAGUGAUGUCUUCUGUUCUUAUCAUGAUUUCCAUUGCAUCUUUUAAUUUCUGUGGUAUUUCAUUAACUCACGAAUUGUCGGCCACGGCAAGAUCCACCAUAGACACCUGUCGUACGUUAAUGGUAUGGCUUCUCGCAUUAGUCAUGGGCUGGGAAUCUUUCCAUUUAUUACAAUUCAUUGGAUUUGUGAUAUUGGUAUUUGGUACUCUUUGCUUCAAUGGAGUGUUGAGACCAGAAGAAUGGAGCUGGGUUCCUACCUUUUUGAAAACUCCCGGUUCCCAUGAACGUUUGAUAGACGUAGUAGAUGAACAAAUUGAAAGAAUGUAGCUUUCACAAGUAUCUACACCAUAAAUAAAUUGCACCCAAAAUAUAUAUAUAUGAAUAUGUACAC